UUACGGCCAAUACGCAUGCGCAGAUGGCGGCGGUUACUGAUCUCGUGAGCGCGCACAGCAGUGGAAAGUUUCAUCGUCACUAACGGCGUCGCGCAUCCAAGGGAAAACGACCGUUCCUCCAGGACAGCGCUCUGCUGAAAUCAACACAAAGACAUGGGUCGCCUAACAGUACUGUUUCUCUGCCUGGCUCUUGUGGUGUCAGUUUUGGCCAAACGAGGCGGGGGCGGGGGUGGUAAAGGGGGCGGAUUUGGCUGGGGCAAAUCUGGUGGAAGCUCAAACAAAGGUGGAAGCAGCACAGGAAGCAAAGGUGGCAGCAGCACAGGAAGCAAAGGUGGCAGCAGCAGCAAUAAAGGCACAUCACAUGGGACACACUCGGCCCCUGGAAAUUAUCCUCGCCAACCUCAAGUUCCAAACCAGAAUCCACCCCCCUAUCCCGGUACUGGAGGUGGGUACCCUAACCAGGGCAGAUAUCCACCAGCAGGCUCUAACCCAGGUCAAGGAUACCCUAACCAAGGUAGAUACCCAGCCCAAGGUGGAAAUCCUGUCCAACCUGGCUACCCAGCCCAAGGUGGCUACCCAGCCCAAGGUGGCUACCCAGCGCAAGGUGGUUAUCCACAAGGUGGUUAUCCACAAGGCAACUAUCCAGGGCGUAGUGGUUACCCAGCACAAGGUGGCUACCCAGGGGGAGGAUCAUAUCCCAACAGGUAUCCUGGACAAGCCGGAGGAAACCCCUAUCCAGCUGGAGGCUCUUAUCCAGGUUAUCCAGUCCGAGGUGGUUCCAGCCCUAACCAGUUUGGUGGAGGUGUUGCAGGUGCAGGAACAGGUGGAUAUCCAGGAGCGGCACAGUAUCCUUACUGGAACCCCAACAACAAAAUCAUGAGCCCAGGCUAUGGGGGCAAUUAUGGUGGCUAUGGGCAAGGUGGCAGAUCACCUUUUGCCCAGUCAGUGCAGAACAUGGGUAUGGCCCCUUCUACCAAUUCAAGGGGAUUUGGCAAGCAGGCAAUCAUGGCUGCUGGAGUUGGGGCGGUGGCCGGUAUGGCUCUAGGAUAUGGCCUUGGAAGUUUCCCUCGUCCGCGUUUCAAUUUCCAUAAUCCACAGGAGGAAUACUACUACAAUAACUACAUGUACAAACGUUACGGCCAAACUCCCCCCGACAGUAACGUGAAUGGGAACACGAACGUGAAUGGGAACACAAACUCCCAAGGUGGCAAGCCAGGUGAUGCAGGAUCGACCUCUGGAGGAAAAGGAAAUGUUAACCCUUAUGACAUCUUCCAGAAUCCUCCACCGGAGUCCUAUGAUAACUACAUGGACAAGUGUAUGAAGAGGACUGACUUGUUUCGAGAGAAACCGAAAGGAAGAUCAAGGAGAUCCACUGACCUCUUUGAGGCUCAAGCAGCAGAAGUAGAUGAUCCUAGCGGUGCUCAAGAAAACGCCACAAGCAACAACAGCACUGCUGACAGAGCCAGUACAGAUGCCUCUUCAUUUACAACCUCAAAUCCACCCGAAACACCCAGUCAACCUCAAAAGCAGACCCAGGAAAGAGAAGCAGAAGCCAAUGAUGAGGACGACGACACUGUUAGCGUUAUGGAGAUCGGCUAUCCUGCACUUAUUGAGCAAAUGAAAGCACGACGCUGUGUCGAGCUGUACAUGGUCUAUGCGGAACAGCAUGCGGAAAAACAGGUGCAGGAUCGCAGUAGUGAGGAUGCUAAAAGCAACAGCAGUAACGAUUUACCUAGAUCCCUUGGCCAUGGAGUCAUGCUACUCUUUACUAGCAUUCUGUCUCUUAUCUUAAGUUCCCUGCUACACUGACAUUCUAGAAAAGGAUAAACCUCAUGAAGCCACUGAGUCAAACUGAGAAAUGGAGCAUUCGCACCUAUCACAUGUAAUCUGAGGAAUUUAUCUUGGGUGUUUUAGAGACUUUAGGCAAAGUAUUCUCUAAGGACAACUUGAAGAUUCGACAGAAAGUACUUUCACUUCUCACAAUGACUCCUGUAUAGUCACUCCGCUAAAUUGCAACAUGACCCACCUAACAAUUUGAUAUGAGCCUACAUUUCAAAGCAGUUUUCAAAAGUUUAAAACAUUUGCAAACAGUAGUUUUUCUACACCGUUCACCUUCCAUCACUGCCACCUUCUUGCAUGUGGUUUGGUGAACACUAACUUCUCUUCCAAGACAGCAUACUGCAUGAACCCUUUAUAAUCUCCAGUUUAAACAUUGUGCACGGCAUUGGCAUUUGACUCGUUGUUUUUCUGCUAGCAACAGCUAUUACAACAAUCCAUGGUUAUUUUUAUGACAUGAAAUGGUGGCUUCCAGUUCUGUCCUUAUGAUGGUACUCCUACUUGCGUAGUUAAAAUUUUUUGUAGUGUUUCUUUUUGAUUGUUUAGACUGUUAAUUUAGGGAUUAACUUUCUACUGAUGUAUGUAUUUAUUUUAAAUUAUUAACAUGAACAUUUAAAUGUUUUUUGUAAAUUCCUCCACUGUUGGUUUUGUUAUUUUUACUUCUCCAGGUCCGUUCAUACGGAGCAUGUUUUUGCAUUCUACUCCAUUGUUUUUUAUAUAAACAUGCACUGCACAAAUGUCUUUAACCAUUGAAUCUUUUGCAGUUAAAAAACACAUGAUCACUGUGUCAAGCUGAAAGACGUUAAACUUUUUUAAAAAAAUGCAUCCCUAGACUUUGUUUCUUUCAUUCCACUUUCCCAGCGUCUCAUGUUUUUGAAUGCAAAAACGCUUUGUGUGAAUGGCUCCUUAGUGAAUGUUUAUAUAAUCAUAACUGUUUAAGAUAUGUACGAUAAUACCCCUGCGUGUCAGUUUCAUUCAUAUCAUAUGUACUAUGACAGAAACACUCAUGCAGAUCAUAUCCACUGCUCACUGAGAUAAAACAGAAUUUUAUAUAUAAAGUUGGAUCUUUAUCAGUAGCUUGGUGCUGUUGUUUCUCUGAACAUUACUGCUGAACAUUCAAGUAUAUACUUGGCACUUGCAUUUACAGUAUCUAGAGCAGAGGUUCCCAACCACGUUCCUGGAGCCCCCCACAUCUUGAAUCUCUCUUUUGUCUGACACCCAUUUCAGGUCUUGGAGCCUCUAUGAUUCAUGACCUGAAUCAGGCGUGUUUGAUUAAGGAGACAUGCAAAAUGUCCAGUGUUGAAAGUGGCUUCAGGAAUAUGGAUGGGAACCCCUGAUCAAAAGGGACUGUGGCAACCACUGGAUGUCCAGCAGAAGGCAAUGUUUAACGCCUUAUUGUUACUCAGCUGCAUAUAUAAUGUUAUGCUUUUGAGAUGUUGUGAAUGUUGAAAAUGUGUAUAAUGUUACCGUCACUGGGAUUAAAGUGAUUAAAUGCACCUUAA